AUGAAAUUAUUUCUCCUAUUGUUAUGCUUAUUUCUGUUAACUAGAGAAUAAAAUUGUAAAAUAUAAAAAAGAAUUUAGGUAAUUAUAGCUGUUUAUCUUGUGAUUCCAACGACUAAACAAUAUGCUAGAGUUGUGAUUAAAAAACUAGAAUUUUGAGAGAUGGGAAAUGUGAAUGCAAAGAUGGGUUUGUAGAAAUGUAAACUAUAUAAUCUUCUGAAUGUUUAUGUAAGUUAUUUUUGUAUUUAAAGAAUGCUCCAUAAAUUGUAUUACAUGUGAUAUUUCUAAAAGGGAUUACUGUUUGAGUUGUGGAGAUAUUACUAAAACAUUUAGAGAAUUAAAAAACAAUGAUUGUGUAUGUAUAUUAGGGUAUCAUAUGGUUCCUUAUUAAUAUGCAUGUGAAUCAGAUGAAUGGGAUCAACGAUUGCAUACUUUUAAAUAUAAAAUCGAUACUAAUAAAAAAUAUUGGAAGAAUGUUGUAGAAUAUUUUGAUAAUACUGGAAUAUAAGAGUAAUUAAUAUAUAUGAUAAAAAAAUCAUAUUUAUAAGAUACUUAAGAAAGUUCUGUUAUAAAAUAUUACUUUGAUUUAGAGACUAAUUAAAAAUAAUUUUUUUACAGAUCAAAUAUACCUUAUGGUCAAUACUAUUAGUAAUUUGAUUAAAAUGUAUUUGCAGUAGGAUAUUUAUAACCAAAAGCUCCAUAAAGUAUAUUAUGGGGAUAUGGUGUAAAUGAAAUAGGAUGGGAAAGCAAUGUUUAUUAUUCAAGUAGAAUUUUAAAUGUAUAAUGGAAUACAAGAUUAUUUUAAUAUAAAAAGAAUGAUUAAUUGUUUAUUUAAACAAUUUUAUCAGAAGAAUUAUAAAUAACAAGCAGAUUAUUAUAUGAAGAUUAUUCUAAAUAUAAUAUGAUAUACUUUUUUUAUAUAGGAUAUAAAAUGAAUAGAUUUAUGAGCACUUAUGAAUUAGAAAUAUUAAUAGAUAGAUUAAUGAAUUUAGUAAAUGGAUGUUAAUCAUAUUGUUAAGAUUGUUAAUUUUAUUAAAAUUAAUAAUAAUGUUAAAUUUGUGAUUUGAAUAGAGAAAAUAAUGUAGGAUAUUGUAAAUGCAUUUUUGAAACAAAUGAUUAAGCAAAAUGUUUUUAACCUUGUAAUUUGGAGAGUUGUGCUACAUGUGUAAAUGGAGUAUGUGUAAAAUGUCCUGAUGGAGAAUCUCCACCAUGUAUAUCGCCAAUAAUUUAAUGUGAUGAUGGAUAUUAUUUAGAAAAUUCUAAAUGUUUAAAAUGUGAAAGUCCAUGUAUUAAAUGCACUUCUAAAACAUUAUGUAAUCAAUGUUUAGACUCUUAUUAUUUGGAUGAUUCAAGUACUUGUUAAUCAUGUGAGAGUCCAUGCAAAUUUUGUAAAAGUGAAAAUGAAUGUAGUACAUGUGUAGAAAAACAUUAUCUUCUAAAUCAAUAAUGCAUAUCAUGUACAAUGAUAGAUAGUUGUGAAGAUUGUUAAGAAGAAAACAAAUGUUUAACAUGUAUCAAAGGAAAAUAUAGUGAUGAUAAAGGAUAAUGUCAAAAUUGUCCAAGUAUUUGUACUGCAUGUACUGGAAUAUAGAAAUGUUUAGGAUGUAUAGAUGGAUAUUACAAUGUAUUAGGAUUUUGUAAUCCAUGUUAAUCAAUUUGUUCUAGAUGUCUUAAUAGUUCUUAAUGUAAUAAAUGUGUAUAAGGGUAUUUUUUAUCAUAAUACAAUUGUUUAUAAUGUGGUAUUGGUUGUGCAUCUUGUUUUGAUAAUAAAGAUAAUUGUUUUUAAUGUAAUCCUGGAUAUUUAUUAGUAAAUAAUACUUGUGUUUAAUGUUAAAGUCCAUGUUAAUAAUGUGAUACAAUUAUUAAUAAAUGUAUUUCAUGUGUUGAUAAAUAUUAUUUAAAUUCCAAUAAUGAAUGCAUUAGUUGUAAUAUAGGAUGUAAUAAUUGUUAUUCAGAUAAUUUUUGUUUAAGUUGUUAAAAUGGAUAUUAUUUUGAGAAUAACUUUUGCUUUUAAUGUCUCUCUGGAUGUUAAUAAUGUUAAAAUGCUUAAACAUGUGAUUCUUGCAAAAAUGGAUAUUAUUAUGAUUCAAAUACUAAAUUAUGCAAUUCUUGUCCAACAAAAUGUGCAUAAGAUUGUUCAUUUAAUAAUGAUUUAAUUAAAUGUAACACAUGUUCUUCAGGUUAUUAUUAAAAUCCUUUAAAUCUUGAAUGUGAAACAUGUUAAUCACCAUGUUAAAAUUGUAAAUAAACAAAUUCUUAAUGUAUUGAUUGUAAUAGUGGCUAUUAUUUGAAUUUAAAUUAAUGUAUUUAAUGUACUAUUCCAAAUUGUAAAGAAUGUUCAAGUUCAACUAAAUGUAAUAUAUGUAAUGAUGGAUAUUUAUUAAAUGAAAACAAUUUAUGUAUUGAAUAAAAUUCUACUUGUGAUACUCAUUAAAUAUAGGUGUAAGUAAGUGGAGUUUGUUUAGAUUGUAAUUAAUAUUGUUAAGAAUGUUAUGGUACUUAAUAAAAUUAAUGUAAAUCAUGUUAUUAAGGUGAUUAUUUAAAUUAAUGGAAUUAAUGUAAGAAUUGUAAAUAUCCAUGUAAUGAAUGUACAAAUGAAAAUGUAUGUACAUCUUGUUAAAAUAGUAUGUAUUUAGAUAAUAAUAAUUAAUGUAAAUUUUGUAAUAGUAAUAAAUGUUAAAAGUGUGAUCCAAUAUCUCUAAUUUGUUAAUAAUGUUUUGAUGGGUAUUAUUUAAAUAAUUAAAUAUGUGAACCUUGUAAAUCUAAUUGUAGAAGUUGUUUGUCAGAUGAUUAAUGUCUCACUUGUAUAGAAGGAUGUUAUCUUAAUUAAAGUUCUUAAUGCACUAAAUGUAUUGAUGAUAAUUGUAUUUAUUGCACUAAUACAGGUAUAUGUAUUUAAUGUAAAUAAAAUUACCUUAUAGACUUAAAUAAUUAAUGUUAUUUAUAAGUGAGCCCAAUUAAACAUUGUUCUAAAAGUUUUAAUGAUCUUGAAUGCAGUAUCUGUCAUUAAGGUGCAUUUUUAAAUUCAUAAAAAUAAUGCAGUUUAUGUGAUGAUAAUUGUAGAACUUGUAUUAAUACUUCUACUUUUUGUUUAUCUUGUAAUUUAAAAUUUUAUUUAUCACCAUAAAAUAAAUGUGAAGUUUGUACAGCAGGUUGUUUAUAAUGUAAAGAUAAAGCUGAUUUUUGUUAAUCAUGUGAGUCUAAUUUUUUAUUUAUUGAAAGUGAAUAGAAAUGUUAAAAAUGUAGUUUAAAAUGUAAAACUUGUGUUGAUUAAUUUGAUAAAUGUUCUACUUGUUACUCUGAUUCUUAUUAUGAAAAUAAUGAUUGUAUAUAAUGUCCUAUUGAAUGCAAAACUUGUGAUUCAUAAACUAAAUGUACAAGUUGCUAAAAAAAAUAUUUUUAAAGUGAAUAUUCAUGUUUAAAAUGUCCCUAAGAAUGUUCAUAAUGUACAUCAACUACAGUUUGUACUGGUUGUACAACAAAUUUUUAUUUAGAUGGAAAUUAAUGUAAACCAUGUCCUUUUAAAUGCAAAGAUGCUUGUUAUAAAGAGGGUUCAUAUAUAUAUUGUGAAUAAUGUAAUAUUGGCUAUUUUUUUAAAAAUAGAGAUUGUUAUAAAUGUAAACAUCCUUGUGAAACUUGUUAAUCUAAAGAAGAUGAAUGUACAUCUUGUAUAGGAGGAUAUUAUUUAGCAAUUAAUAAAGAAUGUCCAAAAUGUAGAACUGAAAAUUGUAGAUUAUGUUAGAGUCUUACAGGAGAAUGUUUAAAAUGUGAUUAUGGUUAUAUUAUGUCAGAUAUAGAAACCUGUUCUAUAUGUACUACAUGUACUUGUUAAGAUGAUGAAUAUUAUGAUUGGGAUAAUGGAGGUUGUAAAAAAUGUGAUACUUCUUGUAAAAAGUGUUAUAUUGCUUCAACAUAAUGUACAUCUUGUGAAGUCAACUAAUAUUUAGAAAUCAUAGAUAAUACAUGUAAUUCUUGUGUAGAACCAUGUAAAACAUGUAAAAGUGCUACUUAAUGUUAAUCUUGUGAGAAUGGUAAUUAUUUAUCAACUGAUUUAUAAUGUUUGAAUUGUUAACCACCUUGUAUUAAUUGUUUAGAUAUUUAUAAAUGUUUAAAUUGUAUAAAUGGAUAUUAUUUAGAUGAUACAACAUGUAUAAAAUGUAAUUCUAAAUGUGAAUUAUGUUCUUCUUAAAUUUAAUGUUCAAAAUGUAUAUAAGAUGGUUAAACUUAUUUUGAUAAUGAUUCAACUUGUAAGAAUUGUGAAUCACCUUGUUAAUAAUGUUAUAAUACAGGAUGUACAAAAUGUCCAUCUAUGUAUUAUAUAUAAGGAUAAUCAUGUAUUCAUUGUUCUAAUAAUUGUUUAUAAUGUUCAAGUUCUGAAUGUUUAUAAUGUGCUAAUGGAUAUUAUAUAAAUGGAUAAAAUUGUGAAAAAUGUUCAGAAAAUUGUUUAUAAUGUACUUAUAAUGAAUGUACAAAAUGCAGGGUUCAAUAUUUUGCAAAUGGUACUUAAUGUGAAAAAUGUAUGGAUAAUUGUAAUAUUUGUGAUUCAACUACUACAUGUAUCACUUGUUAAACUGGAUAUUAUUUUGAUUAAUAACUUCUUAUUUGUUAAAAAUGUAAUGAUAAUUGUUUAUCUUGUAAUGCUAAUACUUGUUAUAAAUGUAAUGAAGGAUUCUAUCCUCUUAAUACUGAUUGUGUUAAAUGUUAAGAUAAUUGUUUAUCUUGUACUUCUAAUAAAUGUAAUAAAUGUGUAGUUCCAUAUUAAAUUAAUAAUUAAAAUUGUAUAUUAUGUAAAUAAGGAUGUAAAACAUGUUCAGAUUAAGAAUGUUAUUAAUGUGAAGACAAAUAUUAUUUAGAUUCAACAACAAAAUAAUGUACUAAUUGUAAUUCUAAUUGUUUAAUUUGUACAAGUACAGAAUGUCUAUCAUGCAAUAAUUCAUAUUAUGCAAAAGCUUAAAAUUGUAUCCAUUGUGAAGCUAAUUGUUUAUCUUGUAAUGAAGAUGGAUGUCUUGAAUGUAAUAAAUCUUUUUAUCUUGAUUAAUCAAAAUGUUUUAAAUGUUAAGAAAAUUGUAACUAAUGCACUAUUGAUUCUUGUUAAGAAUGUAAAAUAGGAUACUUUCUUAAUGGAAUAUAAUGUGAAUAAUGUAUUGAACCAUGUAUAGAAUGUUCAAGUUAAUAAAUAUGUUCAAAAUGUUCUAAAGGAUCUUAUUUAGAUGAAAAUAAAUGUGUAAAUUGUUAAUCAAAUUGUGAAACUUGUACAAAAUAAGAAUGUAAAUCAUGUCUUGCUUCUUAUAGAUUAAAUGAAACUGAUAAAUCUUGUGUUUCAUGUUCUACAUCAAAUUGUAAAACUUGUCCACAAGAUAAAUGUACUAUUUGUCAAACUGGAUAUUGUUCUACUGAAUUUGAAUGUUAAAAAUGUCCUACUUCAUGUUCACUAUGUAUUGAAAAUGCUACAAUAUAAUGUUCUUAAUGUUAGGAUCCUGUUAUUACAUGUGAAAAAGGUUAAUAUUUAGAUAAUAUAACUAAUUAAUGCACAAGUAUAAUGUUUAUAUAUAUUUAAAGAUUGUUAAAUUGAAAAUUGUUUAGAAUGUUCUUCAGAAUCUAUAUGUACUGAAUGUCAGGUUGGAUAUUCAUUAAGAAUUACUGAAUCUUAGUGUGAAUAAAAAGAAAUAGAAAUUGAAUCAUAAUCAGAUUCAGAAUCUAAAAUUGUAGCUGGAAUUGUUGGAACUUUUGCAGUAGGAGCAUCCUCAAUUUUUGUAGUAAUUAUAAUAUCCAAAUACUCUAUGGUUAAUAUUACUCCCAAAUUAUUCAAUAAUAUUCCUUUUUAAUUUGAAGUUAAAUUAAGUUCAUCAGGAGCUGCACCAUCUAAUUGGGAAUAAAUACCUAAUUUAACUUCUGAAUAAUUAGACUAAGUUUUAAAAGACUAAUCAUUGUAAAUGUUAUGA